AAUGACAACGAUUAUGUAGAGAAUCCACCAUCUUCAUUUUUUUCGGAGGACGAUAAAGAAAAUUUCCAAUCUUCGUCUCCAUAUUCAACGAAAAAUAAAAAAAAGAAUGCAUUGACUCAAAGUCAGG